GGGGGCAGCAGCGAGCUUUCAAGACUGAAACUUGCAAUAAGGCAAAUAAAGAACCUGACGUUGAUGUUCGUUCCUCUUUCCGGCAGUGCAUGAUGGUCCGUAUACCGGUAUUAACUGCUGUGAGUCCUGUUGUUUUCCCCUCGUUUCCUUUAGUGCUACUGUGAUUAUGAAGAAAAGACACACCGUCCGCUUUAUUUUACAUGACAGCUAGCCUGCUGGGAGGCACGUCCCAAUGACAUGGCCUCCAGUCACAGCUCCUCCCCAGUGCCUCGUCCCAGCAGCGGAGGCCGAGAUGGGAUCUAUCACAAGGAACGAGAUCCUUCUCCACCUCGCUACCGGCAUAUCCGCUCCUUGCCUGACGUCUGCCCGAAGGAGCCUACUGGUGAGGGGCAGGGCCUGUGUAAUGGCCCAUCUGUGGUGGCGGAGCACGACCGAUGGACAGUUUAUAGCUCGAAGGUCAACCUCCCCGCUGCACUGAAUGACCCUCGGCUCGCCAAAAGGGAAUCUGACUUUUUCACUAAAACGUGGGGGCUGGACUUCACAGAGACGGAGGUGAUGCCCUCAUUUUGCCUCCCCAACAUCACCAAGGAGCACUUUGAGCCCUACCUGCAAGAGAUGACUCAGAGGGAACGAAUCCACGAACGUUGCAAGACGAUCUGCCCCAACAAAGAUGAUGUCGACGCUGUCUCUAGUAUCACCACCAACCACGACAAAUCCAGAGCUGAGCUGGAGCAAGUCCCAAAGAUUUUCAUGAAGCCUGACUUUGCUCUUGAGGACCCAGCUACCUUCAACAUGGUCCUUCCCUGGUCACACUUUAACAAUGCUGGGGGGAAGAGCAGCAGAGACGUGGCUUCUUCCAAACUGCUCCAGGAAAAGCUCAGCCACUACCUAGAUGUGGUGGAGGUGAGCAUUGCUCGACAGAUCUCGCUGCGUUCCGAAGCUUUUUUCCACGCUAUGUCGUCACAGCAUGAGCUGCAGGACCAGCUGCAGGAGACGCAGCAUGCCGUGGCCGUCCUUCGGGGCCGUACAGCUGCCAUGGACCGGGUCAUGUGCCAGGGACCUCUCCAGGCUCUCCGCACCGCCCUGACUCGCAACAACUGCGUGAAGCUGCACAACAAGCUGAAGCUGAUGGCCGCAGUGCAUCAGACACAGCCCACUGUACAGCUGCUGCUCUCCACCUCUGAGUUUGUUGGAGCACUGGAACUUAUCGCCACCACUAAGGAGGUGCUCCAGCAAGAGCUGCAAGGAAUUCACAGCUUCAGACAUCUGGGCUCCCAGCUGUGCGAGCUAGAGAAGCUGAUUGAUAAGAUGAUGGUGGAGGACUUCAGUAUGUACGCUCACAGUGACCUGAACCGCAGCCUGAGAGAUGAGCCACAGGUUCUGGAGAAGGAGCGUCUGGAGUCGCUGGUGUUCGGCCUGCUGCGACAGCGGAAGCUGGAUUUCCUGGAUAUUUACAGUGAUGAGAUGAUCAUAGCGGCCAAGGCAAUCGUCUCUCAGUGUGUGGCAGAUAGUAUUGUGCAGAUAGAAGAAAUUGAUGUUGAAGUCGUUGUUAAGCUUGCUGACCAAAUGCGUCUGAUGACAUUCCCUCAGUGGUUUGAGCUGCUGAAAAAUGUCUUUGAGAGCUUUCUUUUCUUCCUGCAGAGAAUUAAGGCCACUAUGAAUGUGAUCAGGAAUGUGGUUCUAGAGGUUCUGGACUCAAACCAGAAAACCCGUCUACUGGACGACUCCUGUUCAGAACCAUCUGGCCAAGAGGUUUCUCAAGUCCCAUCACUCCUGCAGGGAGAAGCUGAGCUGGCCUACCUGACCCAUGAAGGUCUGUUCAUCAGCGAUGCUUUGAAUGAGGCCCAGCAGCAGCAACAGCAGGAGCAGAAACAACAGCGAGUAGUGCCGGCAGCCCAAGAUCAGAGCUCUGCAGCAGGAUUUAGGAGCCAGCAGGGCCGGGUGGAGACUGCCAGUAGUGACUCUGGGGCCACAGAAAUGUCUGCCAGCAGAGAGCAGAGCUUCGUGCCUGGUGAGAUCAUGAUGCCCACAGACUUUGAGCUGAACCUUGUGAUAAACAACCUCCAGGAGCUCAUGUACACGGCUUCCGACAUCAGCCAUGACCGCUGCGUCAAAGUGCUCACAGCCAGAGCCAAGGAUGGAUCUCUGGAGCGUCUGACCUCAGCGGAGUUCGUUUGUCUUUCACAGGCAGUGGAGGGAUUUGUCAGGGACACAGAGGAGGUCUGUGGCAGGCGAAGCGUUUCCCUGAGGGGCGCGUUGCAGAGCCAGGCCAACCGCUUCGUCCACCGCUUCCACGAAGAACGCAAGACCAAACUCAGCCUGCUGUUGGAUAAUGAGCGCUGGAAGCAGGCAGAGGUUCCUGCUGAGUUUCAGGAUCUGGUGAACUCCAUUGCUAAUGGUAGAAUAUCACUACCAGAGCGCAAAAUCCCAGGUCCUGAUGACAGGAAACCUACAGAGUUUCUGCUUGUCAACGGGCAGAAAUAUGCAGUUGUUGGAACGGUUCUGCUGCUGAUCCGGAUCUUUUUAGAAUACUGCCAGUGUGUCAAUGAUAUCCCAUCCAUCUCUACAGACAUGCUGACGCGUCUGGCAGACCUCCUCAAGCACUUCAACUCUCGGAGCUGCCAGCUGGUUCUGGGAGCCGGAGCUUUGCAGAUCGUUGGCCUCAAGACCAUCACCACCAGAAACCUUGCAUUAGCUUCACGCUGUCUGCAGCUGGUGGUUCACUACAUUCCCAUCAUCAGAGCUCAUUUUGAGACCAAACUGCAGCCCAAACAGUUCAGUGUUCUCAGACACUUUGAUCACAUCACCAAGGACUACAACGAUCACAUAGCAGAGAUCUCUGCUAAGCUGGUGGCCAUCAUGGACAGUCUGUUUGAGAAGGUUCUAUCAAAGUAUGAAGUGAAGGCUCCGAUGCCCUCAGCCUGCUUCAGAAAUAUCUGUAAGCAGAUGGCAAAGAUGCACGAAGCCAUUUAUGAACUUUUACCUGAAGAACAGACACAGAUGCUGUUUUUGAGGAUCAAUGCCAGUUUCAAAAUGCAUCUGAAGAGGCAGCUGGCUCGGCUCGGGGUUAUUAAUGAUGGAGGACCGCAGCAUGGGCUGGUGGUGGUAGACGUGGCGUUCUACACAGAGAACGUCCAGGGGUUGAAGAGCCUCGAGAGGCUCGACCUGAACAUGGUUGAGGUCUGGGAGCACAAGAGGUGAUGGAGGAUGGAAUCCGGAUCUCCAGAACUGACCUUACCUCAGCAAUUGUGGGAGCCUGACCCCCGGGGGCCGAUGGUGGGCUGGCUGAGGCUGGAAGAGGCCCAAAGGGACCAAAAAUGCAAGUUGGAAGAGCAGCAGCAUACCGGUGCUUCAGAGACUGUCCAGAAACACACAGCGCCUGGUGAAAAACUGUUGCAACCACAUCGCAGUGUGUGCAAUUCAAUAGAAAAUGAAAAAGUAAAUUAUUACUGUUUUAGUGGGAGGGCAGGAUGUGGAUUAUUCUUAAGAAAUUUGGGGGUAAUUUAUUUUUCUUUCUCCUGAAACAUUCUAUACUGUGUUAGGCUUUUUCCUCCAGCAGUCUGCAUUGCUGGAGCUGGAUUUUUAUCAACACUGCAUGCUCGGCAGAUUACCUUUUUGCAUACUUGGAGAGCUUGGGAGGGGUCAUUCUUAUCGCUCAAAAUCAACAGGAUUCCUGUUCCAUGUUAACACUUUUCCAGUCCUCUUUGAUCAGCUGCUUUUGGGUUUAUUUGCUUGCUUUUUUGUACUCCAAAAAAAUAAUAAUAACAGUAGCUGAGUGAAAGGUUUAACUUCAGUAUGUGGACAUAGUGAAAAGAUUCACUUCGAAAGGUUUAACUUCCCCCUUAGAACAGUUUGGUCAUGCAGUUUCUUCAGCCCAGUCAGAUCCUGGUCAUUGUGAUGAUUGACAGUGGCACAGAACUUGCUAAACUGAUGCAGAGAGUUUGCAGGAUGUGAAGCAUGAAUAUCAGCUGUUAACUUUUGCAUCUUCCAAUCUGUGUGAGCUGUUAGUUUUCUGCGAAGAUGGAAGAGAAAAUCUGAUUAAACCUGCAAAGUAUCAUCCAGAAUACCUUCUUCUGAUGCUGCAAUAUUGUAUCACAACUCCCCACAGGGGUAAAAGUAACAAGUGCUUACAGCUCUGCCCUCCUUCUGCUAGCAGAGUUUUCUUCAUGACAUCAGAUUUUCUCUUCCUGACUGUUCAGCUGCCGAGAGCUCCUGUCACACGAAGCAAACAACCUGUCCAGAUGCAGUCACAGAUCAGUCUCUGCAGCAGUAAGAACACUACAGGCUGACAGGCUGCUGUUUGGAACCAUUCGACUCCCAAAUGCAAAUAUUCAUCUACUCUCCUAGUCUGUGUGAUGGCUUUUGUAAGCAGCUUGUUUCCAAGGUAAAUCUCCUGUUAUGAAAGUAAUGAGCUGGCAUUGCAAUAAUUUGCCCUUCUGAAAUGAUUGAUUAAUCUAACAUGUGCAGCCAUAGUCGUUCUUAACUCCCACACUAAUCAGAAGGCAUAAAUGGUGUACAUAUGGUGACGAGCAGUUGGAUUAAUGUGAUGUGACUGCAGCGGUCAGCAUCAGGCUCGGCAGAGAACAGAAGCAUUAACGAUCAUCACUGUCUGCUUCAGAAGUGCCUACUUUGGAUCGACUAUCAGAGACGACACAUCUGAGCUCUCCACUACAGUGUGCCUACCAUACCACUGUGUGUGUGUGUGUGUGUGUGUGUGUGUGUGUGUGUGUGUGUGUGUGUGUGUGUGUGUGUGUGUGUGUGUGUGUGUGUGUGUGUGUGUGUGUGUGUGUGUGUGUGUGUGUGUGUGUGUGUGUGUGUGUGUGUGUGUGUGUGUGUGUGUGAGAAACUGUGUGAGAGGGGUUUUGGGGUUUUGAUGAGCAUGUGUGUAUGAGUCCAAAUGAAUUUGUUUCCUUCAAACCUGCUGUGAAUAAAACAGGAUGAUGGAGCGA